AUGUUUAUCUAUUUGGAAACUUCUCAAGCGGAGUGGCUUGGUAAAUCGCUUCGAGAAAUCUCGCGGAUGGGAUGGGACAUAAAGGCAAAUCAUCAGAAGAAGGGAUCCUCUCACACUAUUCAGAUUGUCAGGUUUGCGUGUCGAAAAGGAAACUUCAUUAAAAUAUCGGAAAGGCUGGACGGCGGGUAUCUGUCCUUCAUCUCCAUCCCUUUCGUCCCAAACAAGUGGGAAGGAAUGAUCGAUAGACUCUGUCGACCAGUGAGCAAAGUAACCGUGAGGAACCGCAUCGCGCGUAGCGCUUGGGUGGCUCAGGGUAAAUCUUUUGCGGACGCUGUUAAGCUGGGGUUCCCCUCGGAGCUGGGGAAAAGCAUCAUCAAAUCUCAUAAAUCUCAGGCUUUCCUGGAGGUGGAGGAUAGGGGAAUCAAUGAUAGGCUGCAAUUCCUGGACCGUUGCUAA